GUCCCUGGGAGAGGGUGGCUCCAGGCUGGAUGGAGGGGACAACACAGGGCGGUGUCCCUGGGUCACGGUGCCCUCCAGCUGUGCAGUGUCACCCUGCAGUGGUGCUGGGGGCACUGCAAAGCCUCUGGCCAGCACAGAAUAAACCCCCAGGGGCGAGUCCUGGGGACAGCGCUGUCCCCAGUCCCUGUGGUGUGGCUGACUCUGCUCAGGGGUAUUUGGGGCUGGGGGGUCUGGGCUGCCCAGCCAGAACUGCCUCCCUGGCACCCCCAAGCCCUCAUGGCAUCAGUCCAGCACCAAAGUGACUCCUGGUGGGCUCCCCAAAACCCAGAUUCUGUAGGACCACGUGGAGUGGGAGCAUGCAGCCGGUUCCUUCGAGGAGUUCAUUGAGGUUCCGUUUUGGCAAAAUUAACGGGCACCAGGAGCCUGCUCUCAUCACAUGGCUCCCACUGCUGCAUCCUGAGUGGGGACAAAAGCCUCUCGGGCUGUCACUGGAGCUGGCAGCGCUGGAAUGCUGCAUUCAGGCUGGCAGGGGACCAGCGUGGCCGGCGGCAGGAGGGGCUGGCAGGGACCCUGCAGGCAGGGAGAGGCUCUGGAUCCUGGGAUCAGCAGGGAAAGAUUCCUCACUUCACCACAAAGGGCAAACUGGGGGCAAAAGGGACUUUACUUCUCACUUUGUUUGAAUUAUUUUUCUCUCCUUGGCACGUUUCAGUCAAAAACUCUUUGGGAUUUUGAGCGUGUGCCAGAGCAGCUGCGUUUUUUUUUAUUUCUCUCACACUUCUUUUUUUUUUUUUUUCCCCUAAAUCAUUUUGCUGAGUCUGUGUGAAAAUGCCCCAGAAAGCAGCAAAACUUGUCAAGGUACUCCCAUGGCCAGGGCUCACUUGGAACAGCAUCUCCAAAGGCAGGGACCCUCCCUGGAGCACAGGCCCUGACAGCCCCAGGGUCCUGCCACUUCUGUGUGUCCCCCCAAACUGAGGGCGAGUUGGGUUGGGUGUUCUUGAAGGUCUCUUCCCACCGUGAUGAUUCCAUGAUUCCACUUGGAUUUGUGUUCCCAGCUGGCACCCAGGUGGCCCCAUUUCAUCCCAAUCCCGAUGCUCAACAAGAUUCUGGGAGGUUUUGGUGGUUUAUGGGUCCCCAUCCUCAUUUGUGGGGAUGUUAUUUUUGUUUAGGUCCAGGCUCCUGGGAGGUUCCAGGUGGGGGUAAAGCCCCCUAAGGAGGGGAGCAGGUCCCAUCUCAGCACCCCAAAUGCCACAGCCCCUGGCAGGGACCUCCUCCCAAACCUGUCCCUGGCUCCUGGCCCAAGAUCCCUUUGGAUUUAUGCUCAUAUUGAAGCAAAUUUGAAUUAAUUGGAGCACGAGACCAAGGGCCCCGUGGAAUUCUCCUCUGUCCAGUGCCAAACUCUGGCUUGGGGAAGCAGAACUGGUCACCUCAGCCUGGUGCUUUUCCUCCACAGCUUUGUCCUGUUCCCUUUUCAAAGCCCAGAGAGAUGCCAGAAGGACAUUGGAGUUAAAGGGUGGGAGAGAGAGCCCAGAGGGGGAGCAGGGCUGAGCCAAAACCCAGAGCACAGGCUCAAAUCACAACCUGCCUGUUCCCUUAUCCAACCCUGUGCCUUGGCUUCCCCCAAAAUAAAAUAAUGGCAUGAAGGGGGCACAGUAAGACAGAAAUAACUUUAUUUUCUGGUGAGGUACUUGGGGGAGGGGACAAGGACAAAGCAGCCCCCUCCAAGCUGGGACUCCCCCAGUGCAUUUGCCAGCAGUCUGCUCCCCCAAAAUCACCUCUAACCCUGGCCUGCAGGCAGGAGAGCAUCUUCCAUCAGGAAAAAUCAGCUCAGCCCUUGGCUCCCAGCACUGGGAUUGGGAGCUGUGUGGAAGCAGCAGCAAUUCCCCCCACCCUUGAUUAAAACAGCGCAGCCUGCGGAGCCAGGGCUGGGGGGACGCUGCUAAAUUGACUCUGUGCUUUUGAUACAGCAGCUUAAUGACUGUGUUCAAAUUAGCCAGAAUCACCUUUCCAUCCUGGGGAAUGGAAAUGAGACGUGGAUUGCUCCGGCACACCCUCCCCCCAACGCCGGCCUCUUAAAAAUCCAUCCCCAACUAAACCAGCUGCAAUUUCCAUGCCUGGAUUUUUCAUCUCUUCCUAAGCAGAUAAGUUGAUAUUGUUUAAAACAGCAAUGAAAUUCCUUCCCAGCCACAUAAAUCUCCUGGUUUUAAGCGCGGAUCCAAGGCUGAGGCUGGGGGUGAAGCUCAAAUGGGAAAGCCCGAGCUGCGUGUGCCUGCAAUGAAAUUAUAAAUCCACAUCCCGGAGCAAGCGAGCAGCAGGAGGCACCAGGAACCUCCAUCAGCAGAAGCGCUGGGCUGCAGCAAGGGAUGGGAGUUGGGAGUGGAACCGACAAGGCUGGGAGAGCUCUUGGCAUUUCUCCUGACAAAAUCCUGCACAAACGGAGCCAGUCCAGGCGAAACCACGGCGUUGGACCCACCUGGUGUUCAGUGCUUGAGCCCCGUCCCUUCCCCUGAGUUCUGCCCUCAGUUUCCUCAGCUGUAAAGUGGAGAAGAUGCUGCCAAGCCCUGCUUGAAAAGCGCUGUCAGACCCAGCAAAUGUCACCGAAUGGCUCAGGUGGAGCUUGGUCAGCUGGCACAGAGCACAUCAAAGGCACAGGACACUCUGCAUCUGAGGCCAGGGACCAGCAAGGCUGAGGCCAGCCUGGACUGACCAGUGAUGAGCAGAGAGGAGCAACAAUUCCACCCUGCAGGUCAGAGCCAAGGAGGGAAUUGGCCUCUGCCAUCCUCAAAGCCCAAUUAACCAAAUCACCACAGUCCAGGAGGCUUCGGCAGGAGGGAAGCGGAGCAAGAGGAGAACUCCAAGGAGGAAUGGGCAGUGACAAAACCCCCGGAGGUAACCGGAGACAGAGGCUGCUACGUGACCCGGGAGCUGCCAAAAACAAAUGCCAAGACCAUCAGCUGAGCCCCUGCUCGUUCCCAGGGCUGGGAGUGAGGGACUCACCUGACAAGCCAAGCCCAGGUGGUCUCUCAAGGAGCCGAGGCUGGCUGUGCUGGACACUUCACCAUUUGAACAUUCCCAGGCUCCAAUGCCUGAGCAGAUCCCGAUGUUGGAGCGGCCCUGGACCUGCAAAACGGCGCAUGGCAGAGCGGCAGUGAGCCCCUAGACCAUGCCCCACACAAUGACAUGGUGGCUCCCGCUGCUGCUCCUGCACGUGGUCCUGCUGUCCCCGCGGGCGGGCGCCUGCCCCGCGCGCUGCGAGUGCGCCCCGCAGCUGCGCUCGGUGCUGUGCCACCGCAAGCGCCUCACCGCCAUCCCCGAGGGCAUCCCCACCGAGACCAGGGUCCUGGAGCUCAACAAGAACCGCAUCCGCUGCCUCAACCCCGGGGACCUGGCGCCGUACCCGCUGCUGGAGGAGCUGGAUUUCAGCGAGAACAUCAUCUCCAAUGUGGAGCCCGGCGCCUUCAGCAACCUGUUCAACCUGCAGACCCUGCGGCUGCGGGGGAACCAGCUCAAGCUCAUCCCCCCGGGGGUCUUCACCAAGCUGACCAACCUGACCCUGCUGGACAUCAGCGAGAACAAGCUCGUCAUCCUGCUGGACUACAUGUUCCAGGACCUGCGCAACCUGAAGAGCCUGGAGGUGGGUGACAACGACCUGGUGUACAUCUCCCAGCGCGCCUUCUCGGGGCUGCUGGGCCUGGAGCAGCUGACCAUUGAGAAGUGCAACCUGACCUCCAUCUCGGCCGAGUCGCUGUCCUACCUCCAGAACCUGGAGGUGCUGCGGCUCCGGCACCUCAGCAUCUCUGCACUGGAGGACCAGAACUUCAAGAAGCUCUACAAUCUCCUGCAGCUGGAGAUUGACAACUGGCCGCUGCUGGAGGAGGUGUCUCCCACCAGCUUCCAGGGCCUGAAUCUCACCUCGUUGUCCAUCACCUACACCAACAUCACAGCCGUGCCCGCCGCUGCCUUGAGGAACUUGGUGUACCUGCGGUACCUCAACCUGUCCUACAACCCCAUUAGCACUGUGCUGAAGGGCUCCUUUAAAGACCUCAUCCGGCUCCAGGAGCUCCACAUCGUGGGCGCUCUCCUGGUGUCUGUGGAGCCGCAGGCUUUCUCCGGCCUGAGACAGAUCCGGCUGCUCAACCUCUCCAGCAACUUCCUGUCCACGCUGGAGGAGAGCACCUUCCACUCGGUCAACACGCUGGAGACGCUGCGGGUGGACAGGAACCCGCUGGCCUGCGACUGCCGGCUCCUCUGGAUCCUGCAGCGCCGGAAGACGCUCAACUUCGACGGGCAGCAGCCCAUGUGCUCCUCGCCGCCCGAAAUCCAGGGCAACGCCCUGCGCGACUUCCCGGACUCGGUGCUCUUCGAGUACUUCACGUGCCAGAAGCCCAAGAUCCGGGAUCGGAAGCUGCAGCACGUGACGGCGCGGGAGGGGCAGUCCGUGUCCUUCCUGUGCCGGGCCGACGGGGAGCCUGACCCCUCCAUCGCCUGGGUGUCCCCCCAGCACCGCAUGAUCACCACCCGCAGCACGGGGCGGGCCACGGUGCUGCCCGGGGGCACCCUGGAGAUCCGCUUUGCCCAGGUGCAGGACAGUGGCACCUACAUCUGCAUCGCCAGCAACGCCGGCGGCAAUGACACCUACUUCGCCACGCUGACGGUCAAGGGGCGCCCGGCCGACGGCGCCCACCACGCCAACCGGACUUUGUACCUCAGCGACUUCAACGACACCUUCCACAACGACACCCAGGUCUUCUUGAAGUUCACCUUGGACCUCAAGACCAUCCUGGUCUCCACGGCCAUGGGCUGCAUCACCUUCCUGGGCGUGGUGCUCUUCUGCUUCCUCCUGCUCUUCGUCUGGAGCCGCGGCCGGGGGCAGCACAAGAACAACUUCUCCGUGGAAUAUUCCUUCCGCAAGGUGGACGGUCCCACCACCACCACCGGCCAAGGAGGGGCCAGGAAGUUCAACAUGAAGAUGAUCUGAGCCUCUCCCAGAGGAGAACCGUUGUCUGCUGCUCGGCCCCGGGAUGGGGCCAGGAGGGCUGUGGGAGCACUGGCCAUGUCCCAGAGCUGGCAGUGUGACCUUGCUGUGCUGGGACAUGGCUGGAGACAG